AUGGACAAGCUUUCCGCGUACCUCCCACGGAGUACGCACUCGUCCUCCUUCAGAGCCCUCCUCGGGGGUGUUCUCCUCGUCACCGUCGUGACUUUCACCUCGUUCAACGCAAUUCUUGACUGGCAACAGCAACAUACCGACAGAAUACCCAUCAACGCCUCCCAGAUACUCCAGAAGUGCCAAGCCCUGCACAUUCCUCCUGGCCCACCUGCCAACUUCCAUGGCCGUACCGAGUCAGACAGAUUCGUUCCCGGCACCCCAUCGACGUUGAUCAAGAACGCGACUAUUUGGACUGGACGCGUCGAAGGUCAUGAAGCUAUUGUAGGAGGUCUCCUUCUCGAUAAAGGAAUCAUCAAAGAGGUCGGAAGCAUCCCAACCAGCGUGUUACGCGCUUACAAGAAGCUGGUGGUUGUUGACGCAGGAGGCGCUUGGGUCACUCCUGGAAUCGUGGACAUGCACUCUCACCUUGGAGUCAAUAGCUCACCUUCACUCCGUGGUGCCGCUGACACCAAUUCGCGCAAAGGGCUCGUUCUUCCCUGGCUUCGCAGUCUUGACGGCCUCAACACUCAUGACGACGCCUACCAACUGUCGAUUUCGGGGGGAGUGACAACUGCAAAUGUUCUACCUGGUUCUGCUGACGCUAUUGGCGGACAAGCAUUCACUAUCAAGUUGCGGCCAACGUCCGAACGAUCUUCCUCUUCUUUGGUUCUUGAACCUCCUCACUCCUUAAAUGGCACGGAGUUUGACCCUUCCUUACCUCCUCGCUGGAGGCAAAUGAAGCAUGCCUGUGGCGAAAACCCCAGCCGAGUGUACUCAGGAACUCGAAUGGACACUAUCUGGGCCUUCAGAGAAGGGUAUGACACCGCGCGUAAGAUCAAGCAGUCGCAAGAUGCCUACUGCCAAAACGCGCUGGCAGGCAAAUGGAACGGACUAGGAGACUAUCCGGAAAACUUGCAAUGGGAAGCCCUCGUCGACGUGCUACGAGGACGUGUCAAAGUCCACAACCAUUGCUAUGAAGCUGUUGACCUGGACGGAAUAGUGAGAUUAACAAACGAGUUCAAAUUCUCUGUUGCGGCGUUCCAUCACGCUCAUGAGACUUACCUCGUUCCCGACCUUGUCAAGAAAGCUUACGGUCAAACACCGGCUAUCGCAUUAUUUGCGACAGAUUCACGAUACAAACGUGAAGCAUAUCGGGGCUCAGAGUUUGCGCCUCGAAUCCUGGCAGAUAACGGCUUAAGGGUUGUGAUGAAGAGCGACCAUCCCGUUUUGGACUCUCGUCAUCUUCUCUUCGAAGCCCAACAAGCUCAUUUCUACGGAUUACCCUUUAACCUUGCUCUUGGUUCUGUUACGACCACUCCCGCAACUGUACUGGGGUACGACCACAGAAUAGGCUUCAUCAAGAAGGGUUAUGAUGCAGAUGUUGUCAUCUGGGACAGCCACCCAUUAGCCCUCGGAGCGACACCCAAGCAAGUUUUCAUCGACGGAAUCGUUCAGCUCCAGAACCCGCAUGUCAAGACGAAACCCGAAGAAUUCCAACAAGUCCCAAAGACACCCGAUUUCACCAAGCAAGCUGAAGAUGCCGUCAAAUACGACGGCCUACCCCCUCUGGAACUGAAGGAAUCUGUUUCAGAUUCCUUCAUUUUCACCAACUUGAGCAGCCUGUUCUUGAAACAAGGGAAUAAGAUUCGAGAGGUUUUCUCAGUUUCUGAAGCUGGGUCGCCUGGUGUCGUGGUCGUGGAGAAGGGGCAGGUGUCAUGCUUUGGCACGUCCUUGGAGUGCCAGCUUGGGCGCUACGGCUCUGAUGUACAGAAAGUCGACCUGGAUGGUGGUUCCAUCACCCCCGCUCUCAUCAGCUAUGGAAGCCCGCUUGGCCUGAAUCACAUAGAUCAGGAAGCGUCAACAAAUGAUGGUUCGGUGUACAAUCCUCUGUCAGGUGGAGCACCGUCGAUACUUGGACAGGGUCCUGUAAUCCGCGCUGUAGAUGGUCUACAGUUUUCCACCCGCGAUGCGCUACUUGCAUAUCGUGCGGGCGUUACAGUGGGAGUGUCGUCUCCUAGUACAUCUGGAUUCCUCUCCGGACUUGGAACAGCGUUCGGGACUGGCAUCCGCCACCGUUUGGCUGACGGUGCUGUCUUACAAGAGACGACGGCCCUUCACAUCGAACUCGGCUCCUCCAGCCCCAGUGUCAGCACGCAUAUAUCGGCAGUGCGUCGCCUUCUCCUUGGCGAAUUGGAGGGCGACCUAGGUGCUCAGGCGCAGAGGGUUAUUCAGGGCGAGAUACCUCUUGUGAUCCAAGUACAGAGCGCCGACAUCAUUGCAACUCUAAUCAAGCUCAAGCAAGAAGUCGAGGCGUUCCACGGGACCACCAUCCAAUUGACGCUUGCCGGCGCCAAUGAAGCUCAUUUGUUGGCCAAAGAAAUCGGCCAGGCAGGGAUUGGGGUUAUUCUGGCUCCAUCUCGAUCUUUCCCCGGGACUUGGAGAUCCCAGCGGAUCUUGGCGGGCCCUCCUCUUACGGAAGACAACUCUGUCGCCGUUCUCUCCGCACACAACGUCACUGUAGGUAUUGGCAUAGAGGAGCAAUGGGCUUCCGUAAAUUUGCGCUUCGACGCCGCCUGGGCGGCACUCGAGGCAAAGGAGACUCUUUCCAAGGCUGAGGCGAUUGCCCUUGCAUCUGUGAACCUCGAACGGCUCUUGGGCGUUCAAACUCCUAUUGCAGACCUCAUUGCUCUUAAGGGAGGCUCGUUCUUCGACUUCGAGAGCAAGGUCGUCGGCGUCAUUUCUCCUCAGCGAAAGGUGGUGGAAUUAUUGCCCGAGGUUGCAUGA